AUGCUAGAAAGACUCACUAUCUUUAUCAACCUCAUGAUGAGUGGUUCCAAAGUGUCAUCUGAUACUUCAGUCUUGCCGGGAAGGAUCCUAUCCCACUUUCACCGUAUACAUGGGUUUGAUUGUGUGCUAGAGUAUAUUGAGGAUUACCCACGUGUUUGCCUGUAUUACCCGCGUAGAAGGAAUUAUGCUUUACGACCAUUCUGUGAGUAUAUUGACAGGACUCAGCAUUAUGACAUUGAUUGGACACCAUACGCCACUCACCAGAACACUAUUCACUUCGACCCCAUUUCAUAUUACUCUGGGUGGCUGGCAUGUGAGAGUAAUUUGAUGUACAUGUAUAUGCCGGAGCGAUGCAUGCGUCAGUUUAGAUUUGGGCAGAUCAUUCCGAGAGCCCCCUUGAUGGUUGCUCUUAUCAGCAUCGUCCGUAGACAUCUUGAUGACCUACUGGCGAGUUACGAGAGUUAUCUAACACCCGAUGCUCCUGGACGUCAACCUAGGCCUGCUCAUGAGGAGAUCCUAGAGAAUGAGCAGGGCAUGGAUGAUCAUGCUGUUAAUGUGUUGCCGAUCUGUCAGAAUAUUAUGCGGAUUACGAGAGAUGGUAUAAAGUAA